CGGCUGCUUGUUUGCAUUUCGGCUUUUUCUGACCCUCGGUCCAGACGCGUUCGUGUCCAAUAAUUUGGUUCUCUUCUUCCUACUUUUCGGAGUGGCUUUUUUGGUCGAGAUUUUUUUAUUUAUGUUGGUUGGGAUGCACGUUUGAAAGAUAACUUUUCGCUUCGUUGGACUUCGAGUUCGGGUUUUUUGUUCGUUUUGUCUUUUCAAAACCCUUGAAGAAGAAAGGUGCUGGGGAAACUGACAUUGGCCCCUGCGUGCUGGCCGGUGUCUAAACGAGAGCAUGUCGUGUUUACCAGGAACGGUGCAGCGGAUGAUGCGUCCCGCGCCUGGACAGAACUACCCGCGGACGGGCUUCCCUCUGGAAGUCUCAACACCCCUGGGUCAGGGUCGAGUGAACCAGCUCGGCGGGGUGUUCAUCAAUGGCCGGCCGCUGCCCAACCACAUCCGCCACAAGAUAGUGGAGAUGGCCCACCACGGAAUCCGGCCCUGCGUCAUCUCCAGGCAGCUCCGCGUGUCGCACGGCUGCGUGUCCAAGAUCCUGUGUCGCUACCAGGAGACGGGAUCCAUCCGGCCGGGGGCCAUAGGGGGUAGCAAGCCCAGGCAAGUGGCGACCCCGGACGUUGAGAAGCGGAUCGAGGAGUACAAGCGGGACAACCCGGGCAUGUUCAGCUGGGAGAUCCGGGACAAGCUUCUGAAGGACGGGGUGUGCGACCGGAGCUCGGUCCCUUCAGUGAGUUCAAUAAGUCGAGUGCUACGGGCUCGAUUUGGGAAGAAAGAAGACGAAGACGAGUGUGAUAAAAAAGAGGAGGACGGAGAGAAGAAAACUAAACAUAGCAUCGACGGCAUUCUAGGCGACAAAGGUCCCUCGUGGUACGAGAGGAGCCUAUCCUUCUGGGCUCUCCAGCAGUGUGGAGUUAGAACGAGGGAGGAGCAAAUGUUUGAUCCAGAUAACACAGUCAUCAACCAGCCAAUCAAUUUGGAUUAA